AUGGUUUUCUUCUUUCGAUUUCUCUCCCUCUCGCCCUUUUCUGCCCGUUUUCUGCUACGAAUUCCUCGAAAUCGCGCGUGUACCCGAGUGGAAAUCCAAAAACGAUCCGAACAUCGGGCCGGCGUACGGUCAGCCCGAACAGGUCCAUUUGGCCUACGGAGGCGAUCCGUCGGCCUACUCGGUCACCUGGCUGACCUACGACGAUACCCUCAAGUCCAUAGUCGAGUACGGAACGGAUAUUAGGGAUCUGGAGAAAAGUACGGAGGGACGAUGCGCCGUAUUCCUUGAUGGUCAGAAGAACAACGUGUGGAGAUAUGUGCAUCGGGCGAAUCUGACGGGCCUCACACCUGGCACCACAUAUUGUAAGUUCUUUGCUCUCUUUUUUGAAUUUUAGUAAUUUGCAGACUAUCACGUGGGCUCGGAGCACGGUUGGAGUCCGAUCUUCUUCUUCACCGCCCUGAAAGAACGGUCCGAAGACGGCGGAGGCUUCACUUACGCCGUUUACGGAGAUUUGGGCGUUGAGAACGGACGGAGUCUGGGCACAAUUCAGAAAAUGGCACAGAAGGGACAGUUGGACAUGGUGCUGCAUGUUGGUAAGCAAAAAGAAACGAUUGUAUGUAGCCAAUAUUUCUUGGGAUCUUUGUGUGUUCCUGUGCUCUCAAGUUGUCCGGGAAUCGUUUGAAGAAAUGUACUCAAAUCCCCAUUUCUCAGGUGACUUCGCCUACAACAUGGACGAGUCGAACGGUCAGACGGGCGACGAGUUCUUCCGUCAGAUCGAGCCGAUCUCCGCGUACAUUCCCUACAUGGCGGCCGUCGGAAAUCACGAAUAUUUCAACAAUUUCACGCAUUACGUGAAUCGCUUUACGAUGCCGAAUUCCGAUCACAGUUUGUACUACAGGUAGCGAGGGUUUCGAGUACUUGAAGGCACUUCAAGUACGUGUUCAGUUUCGACGUCGGCCCUGUUCAUUUCAUCGUUUUCUCCACCGAAUUUUACUUUUACACCGGCUGGGGAUAUCAUCAAAUCGAGACACAGUACAAGUGGUUGAUCGGCGAUUUGAAGGUACUCUAUAUUUGAAAAUGUUUAAAACCUUUAGAAUGUUCCAGAAAGCCAAUGGUAACCGUGACAAAGUGCCCUGGAUCAUUACUAUGGGGCAUCGACCGAUGUAUUGCUCGGAUUUCGAUGGCGACGAUUGCACCAAGUACGAGUCCCUGGUACGUUCCCAGUUUUCUAGAAGAUUCCAUAAACUUUCCCCAUCAGAUCCGCACGGGACUGCCGUUAACUCACGGCUACGCCCUCGAAAAGUUGUUCUACGAGUUCGGAGUGGAUGUGGAACUGUGGGCGCAUGAGCACAGUUACGAGCGGUUGUGGCCCGUGUACAACAGGACCGUCUACAAUGGAACCCGGGAACCGUACGUGGAUUCGCCCGCGCCAGUGCACAUUAUCACGGGAUCGGCGGUAAGUUAGCUGACUUCAAAAUUGUGUUCCUAAAAGAUUCUCAACUUUUUUUGUCAAACUGUAUCAGUUCAACGAAUGAACACUCUAAAAUUGUAAUGGUUUUCGGUUUCAAAGUUUAUUGGUACUUGGUGUCAAACAAGAGGUCCCCCACAGAUGCUCACUAAAUCGGUGAUACAUCUUAAACCUUGACAGGCACGAAUAAUAGUCUUAUAGUUCCAUGAAUUGCAUUAAAACCCUAAAAAUGUCCAACCGAUUUCCAUUGCAGGGUUGUCGUGAGAACACGGACGUUUUUGUGGAGCACCCGGCGCCGUGGAGUGCCGUCCGAUCGACCGAUUACGGGUUCGGCGUGAUGAGAGUUUACAACGCGACACAUUUGAAUUUCAAGCAGAUCAACGUGGCACAGGUAGCCUGGACCGAGGACAAACCUUGCAGGCUUCAUGAACUUGGAUUGAAGUAUGUUGGGCCCGAGUUUCAGACCGAUCGGAUCAUCUGAUCCCGAGAUAUAAAGUGAUUCAGGCCCGUAAAGCUUUUCGGGCUUUUAGGCCAACUUUAGGGGGACCAACAUACUUCAAUCCAUGUUCAAGAAGCUUGCAAGUAGAGCGCUUCUGCAUCACAACUUUUCAGGGCGGCACGGAAGACGACAAUAUCUGGGUGGUCAAAACGUCGCCGAAACACCAUCGCCCGUUCAAAACGCGCGAUUUGAAACGGUUGCGAACGUACGGAACCUUCGUGCCCAAACAUCAUUGUCAUCACAAAUCGCAUUGUUUGAAUCAUUGA